CGGCCGGCCCGAGGAUGACAUCGCCAUGGAACGCUUUGGCUCUUUGAGGGACUUCGACGACGCACGCGAGGAAGAGCGUGAGUUGGACCGGCGUCAGAUGUACGGCAAGGACUACGUCGGUCUAGAGAAGCCCAGCGGUGAACUCUACGCUGAGCGGAAACAAAGAGCUGGUCUACACCGCAAAUCACCCGAGCCUGCUGCAGAUAUGCCUGUGCCGCAGCACGCUAACCCAAUCCAAGGUCAAGUCAUGGACGAGGCUCCACCGCUGGCGACCACUGUAGUCCUAGACCAGACCGCUUUGAACAGGCUCAAAGCGCAGCUGAUGAAGGCCAAGUUACGUAAAGAUUCCAAUGCCGGCACGUUAGAGGCCGAGUACGAAGCUGCCGUUGCUUCGGCCGCGAACAAUAAGCAGUCAGAUGUGAUGGUCCUCAGUGCUGUCGAGAAUCGUAUGCUUGCCGGCGGUCGUGGCAGCGAGGUAAAGACCAUCGAGAACAAGCGCGGUCGCGAACGUGGUCACGUGGAGGAGAAUGAAGAUAUGAGUAUUGAAGACAUGGUCCGUCAAGAGCGACGUACUCGUGGCAUCGCCGGCGGUGAAGGCAAAGCAUUUGCAGAACGCAUUGCUAAGGACGCAAAGUUCACCGAUGACCUGGACUACAUGGACGAGAAUGCGAGCAAGCUUGCCAAGAAAGUCGGCAAGUCAGAGAUCAACCUACGGAAUACUGCUAUCGGUGACUUUCAAAAGAUGCAGAAGGUUCUCGACUCAUGUCCUCUGUGUCAUCAUGAGGACACAAACACGCCGCCGGCGGCGCCAAUCGUCUCUCUAGCCACAAGAGUAUACAUGACUUUACAGACCGAGCCGGAACUGGCGGCAGGCGGAGCUGUCAUUGUGCCCAUUCAACAUCAUCUCAAUCUGCUGGAAUGUGAUGACGACGAGUGGGAAGAGAUUCGCAACUUCAUGAAGAGUUUGACUCGCAUGUACUACGAACGCGACAAGGGCGUCAUCUUCUAUGAGAAUGCAGCUCACAUGCACAGUCGACGCGGCCACGCAGCCCUAUUUGCUGUCCCUGUGCCUCUCCAUCUCGCUGACAACGCGCCUGCCUUUUUCAAAGAAGCGAUCCUCAGCGCCGAUGAAGAGUGGAGUCAACACAAGAAGCUCAUCGACACUCUUGCAAAUUCACAACGCGCUGGCUAUGGUAAGCAAGCGUUCCGGAAGAGCCUAGUCAAGGAGAUGCCGUACUUUCACGUCUGGUUUACGUUGGAUGGAGGCAUGGGUCAUGUGAUUGAGGACGAGCGUCGAUGGCCAAAGGGCGACCUCUUUGCGAGGGAAGUCAUUGGAGGUAUGCUGAGGAAGGGGCCGGAGAUCAUCAAGAAGCAAGGUAGAUGGAUCAGACAAGAUCCCAGAGUUGAGAGUUUCCGGAAACGCUGGGAGAAGUUCGAUUGGACGAGCGUGCUGAUGGGUUGAGUGGCUUGUACUGAGAUAAAAUGGACAUUUCUCAUCAUCAGAUCUCGAAUAUGAGGCUCCAUGAUAGUUCCCUACACUCUUGCAGCAUUAAGGUAACACUCGAAACACUCUCUACACACUACGAGUUGCGUGACUGUCAAGAAACGAAAGACCUUGGAAAAGAAGGUGCGACCCUGAUCAUGACCUCUUCGCUUGUUGGCCAGGCAAUCCUGAGUACUCCACCAUACUUUUCGGCUAUGGCCUCUCAGCAGCACACUUC